AUGGGUCAAAAGCAAUCUAGCCAAGAAGGAAACAAAAAGGAUGAUAAGACUAAACGAAGGGAAUUCGACCCACCAGUGCCUACUAGAAUGGGUAAACACAAACGGUCGAAAGGUCCAGAUAGUGCCAACAAAUUACCUCAAGUUACACCGCACACACGUUGCAAACUUCGAUUGUUAAAAAUGGAGAGAAUCAAAGACUUUCUACUUAUGGAAGAAGAGUUUAUCAAAAACCAGGAGCGUCUUAAAACAGAUGAAGAGCGUCAUGAGGAAGAACGGUCAAAAGUAGAUGACUUGCGUGGCACUCCAAUGUCUGUGGGGACGUUGGAAGAAAUUAUUGACGACAAUCACGUCGUAGUAUCCACCUCUGUUGGUAGCGAGCACUAUGUAACUAUCCUUUCUUUCGUCGAUAAGGGUAUGCUUGAACCUGGUUGCUCUGUCUUGUUAAACCACAAAGUUCAUGCUGUUGUUGGUGUCUUGACGGACGAAACUGACCCCAUGGUUACAGUUAUGAAAUUAGAAAAGGCUCCUCAAGAAACCUAUGCAGAUAUUGGUGGACUCGAUGUACAAAUACAGGAGAUUAAAGAAUCAGUUGAACUUCCUCUAACUCAUCCUGAGCUUUAUGAAGAAAUGGGUAUUAAACCACCUAAGGGUGUAAUUUUGUAUGGAGCACCAGGCACAGGCAAAACAUUGCUAGCUAAGGCUGUUGCUAACCAGACAUCAGCUACCUUCCUUCGUGUUGUCGGGUCAGAAUUAAUCCAGAAGUAUUUAGGUGAUGGUCCGAAGUUGGUUCGUGAGCUGUUCCGCUUAGCUGAAGAAAAUGCACCCAGUAUUGUAUUUAUUGAUGAGAUCGAUGCCGUGGGGACAAAAAGGUACGAAUCAAAUUCAGGUGGUGAACGCGAAAUACAAAGAACGAUGUUAGAACUACUCAAUCAACUGGAUGGUUUUGAUUCUCGUGGAGACGUAAAAGUUAUUAUGGCUACUAACAGAAUUGAAACGUUGGAUCCUGCACUUAUCAGGCCUGGUCGAAUCGAUCGUAAAAUCGAAUUCCCUCUUCCUGAUGAAAAAACAAAACGUCGUAUUUUCAGCAUUCAUACAAGCCGCAUGACUUUAGCAGAGGACGUGAAUUUAGAGGAAUAUGUUGCUUCUAAGGAUGAACUUUCAGGUGCUGACAUCAAAGCUAUUUGUACUGAAGCUGGGUUAUUGGCUCUACGAGAAAGAAGAAUGAAAGUCACUGAUGAAGAUUUUAAAAAGGCAAAAGAGAACGUACUUUACCGGAAAAGUGAAGGUACACCUGAAGGACUUUAUCUCUAA